AUGACCGGUAAAUGGUGCCAAGUGGGAAUUGGCACAAGGCAGCCACACAAUCGGCCAAUGAGUGGUCGAGUGAUCGGCAAGCAUUUGGGGUGCUUGGCCGAGAAAAGCAAGGAUCGGCUUGAUUCAAGUGGGAACGGUGAUCGAUAUUACUUGUGGCUGGCACGGGCGUUGCUCGGCAGCAAAGUCGGACAAGCGUGGGCAGUAAUCGGCAUGCGGCCGAUAACGUGGGCAAACGAACGUUCGAGGGAAAUCGACCACGACUUGACAAGUGUGGGCAAAAUUGGCAAGUUGGUAUCAGAGCCCGGUUCAAGGGUUCCGAACGUGUUGCUGUUCGGCAUGGCUGAAGAUUUUGGUUCUUCGACAAAUCCAAAUCCUACUCGUGUGAUGAUGCUAGAGAUGGAAUCAAGACUGCAACGUCUUGAAGCCUUGGUUGGGCCGCCCCUAGAUCCAACGGAUCCACCGAUCUUACAAAAGCUCGCUGAUGGGCAGCGAGAAAUCGAUCGUUUGUCAAGAUCGUUGGACGAUCUGCCCGAAUUUGUGGAGGGCAGAUUCACGUCCGUUGCUGAGGAGAUGGGACUCCUCAUUGAUGCCGUUGAGACGAAGCUUGAUGGGAUGCUUACAGAUCUUGCGGUGCUUAAGAGGGUUGUUCGUAAUGAAGGCUCGAGUUCUGAGGGCAGAACAUCGGGAUCCAAGGUUCGUGUGCCGGAACCGACUGCGUUUGAUGGUGUACGCAGCGCCAAAGAAGUCGAAAACUUCGUGUGGGAUAUGGAGAAUUACUUCGAGGCAGCGAAGAUUCCGGUUCGCGAAAAAGUGACCAUUACAAGUAUGUAUCUUGUGGGCGAUGCAAAGUUGUGGUGGCGUGCUCGUUUGUCAGACGAUGCAAGUGCCAACCGAGUCAAGAUCGAGACUUGGGAGGUGCUGAAACGGGAGUUGAAAGAGCAAUUCCUACCUUGCAACGUGGGCUGGAUUGCAAGGGAAUCCCUUCGGCAAUUGAAGCACAAGGGAACUGUGAGGGAGUAUGUCAAGGAAUUCAGUUCUCUGCUCCUUGACAUACGUGACAUGUCCGAUGAAGAUAAGCUGUUCAACUUCAUGGCAGGAUUGCAGCCAUGGGCCCAAACCGAGUUGCGGAGACAAGGUGUGAAGGAUCUGCCAAGUGCCAUCUCGGCAGCGGACCGACUUGUCGAUUACAAGGUGAUGGGGGCCGAUGAUUCCGAUAAGGAAGGCUCGAAGAGGGAUAAGUCCAAGGGGAAGAAGUUCGGUGGCAAGGGUGGCCGAAAUUGGAAGCAAAAAGAAAGCGGUGAUGGUGAGGGAUCCACGGUGCAUGCCAAGACCGGUGGACAGCCCGUCGUCAACAAACAGAACCGUGGGUGCUUUCUAUGUGAUGGCAACCACCGAAUGAGGGACUGCCCUAAGAGGAGCAAGUUGAAUGCUUUGAUGCGGGAGUCGGAUAGUGAGGAGUCGGACGAGACGAGGAGUGCGAAUCCGAUUCAGUUGUUGAGUGCUUUGGUCGUGGACAAGGCACCCAACGGCACCAAGGGCUUGAUGUAUGCCACGGUGCUGAUCAACGGCAAAGAAGUGAAGGCAAUGGUUGACUCGGGAGCAACUCAUAACUUCGUUGCCGAAAGAGAAGUCAAGAAGCUGGGCUUGACUCUCUCGAAACAUGCAAGUCAAGUAAAGGCUGUAAAUUCAGAGGCGGGGCCGGUGAGAGGCAGAACCGAUGUCGAUCUUGUGAUCGGUUCUUGGAAAGGGCAGUGCGGACUGACUGCCGUACCACUAGAUGAUUUCGAUGUGAUAUUGGGGCAAGAGUUCCUACUUGCUGCCAAGGCUGCGGUGAUACCGUUUCUCGGAGGGUUGAUGAUUAUGGACGAAGAGCGUCCAUGCUUUGUCGAAUGCUCGUACGUGACAAAAGCAAAGGCGGGAAAGAAACCGGUGGCUAUGUUGGCUGCGGUGCAAUUGGGGGCAGAAUCGAACGACGAGGAGUCAUCGAGCCAAAUUGCAGCCGUUGGAAACAAGACGGUGAAUUCUCGGGCUGGUUUGCUUGUACGUGCAUUGCCGAGAAAUGAGACGAGGGCAGAAGGCAAGUUGAGGUAUUCAUUUGGGUUUAUGAAUGGGCAUUGUGGCCUUAAUUUUGCUCUAUGUUGCUGCCGUGUGUGGCAUGAAUUGUGGGUUCGAAAUGUGGUAUCUUCUGAAUUUCGGGUGCAUGUUGUUGGGUUUUUCGUGGGUGAAAAUUUCCUCAAAAAUCACAAACGGGUUUUUCUUCACCAAUUAUGGCAAGAUCUUCGUGCGAGGAUAGUACGGACUUCAAUUGAUUCAAUUUCGUCUAUUCAAGAAGAUGUCCAAUUAGUUCUUGGAACCAUGAGGGAUCUUGGUGAUUUUGACAUAUCUUGCAUAGAGAAAUUAUUGAAGUCAUUAUUUUCCCAGGCGACGGCUUAUGAUAAGGUGAGGUCGUCGAACUCUGAGAAGGCAUCUAAAGAGAUUCUAGCACGACAAUUAGAUGAGGCUAAAGAUCGUUUGUAUAAUACUCAAGCUAGAGAACGCAAAGAGACUCUUCAAUUUCAAGCCACCAAUAAUGAUUUGGAGAGUGUCAAGAAAGAGCGUGCUGCUUUGAAGGUGAGGGUGGGGCAGUUGAGAUCAUCAUUAAAACGACAACGAGAACUCCUUGAUACUGUUAAAAUAGAAAUUCGUGAGAUUAACGAAGAGAUUGCUGCCAUUGAAAAUACAUCCCCUUUAAGUGAUGAUUUGGUAGAAGAAUUGCGCGCUUCUGCCGAGCUUUUAGAAGAUGCCAAAGAAAAGUUGAACGAUUUAGACCCUUUCGCUUGA